AUGCUUUCCGCGCCUGAGUCUUGCGCUCCACCGACUCGUUCGCGUUCUCGGGCGUCUAGCCCUACUUCACUACCAACCCCGCCCACCACCAUACGCAAACGAGCCCGGAGCGAAUCAAACGAUGAUGAAAGGAGACCGGAGGUCGAGCACGUCGCUCAUAAGCGCCAACGGAUCUGGCGCACGCCUGAGCGCUCAAAUAAACGGCCGACAUGCAAUAGAAUCGCCUUCGAGCGUGCCCCAGGUCCUUCACUUCCCAGCCCUCCUUCCUCGGAUCCGGCGCCUAUACCUGCAACGCCCCCACGGCGCUACGGCGUAAGUGCCGUCUUGCAGACGCCACCUUACAAGCAGCAACCUAUGCGCGACACGCCCAACAACAUCUUUCUCUCGUUUCACCCUGUCAUUAUCGCGGAGGAUGCGAACCCAGUCAAUCUCGGCGUAACCGACCAGCGGGGCGAGCUACCGGCGAUGAUGUACUCUUUCCGUGGCAAGCGCCAGAUCUUCAUGAACCCGUUCUAUGGCUGCAUGUCCGCUCCAAGGACCAAGCUCAGCCCUCGCCAUCCCGAGUUCACACCGGACGAGCUGUUUCCGCCUCGGCGUCUCUUUGACCCCCUUACGGAGGACGGCGACGACGACGACCAUAUCUCGUUUGAGAGGUCUGACUAUGAGGAUGGCCCAGAUCCGUCGAAGACUACGAAUACGACAUCCGUCUCCCAGUCUCUCGUAGCCGCGUUCUUGAAGGUCGCGCGGGGAAGAAAUGACGACGAGGAGUUUGAGGAUGGAGAGUUGGAGCUUGACGAGGAACUUGAAGAAGGAGUGUGGGACGAUGAGUCAGUGCUGGAACCUGCGCCUGAGGGUGAGGGCGAGGGCGUGGACACGGACGAAGGAGGAACUGAGGAUGAUGAUGAAUGCCAACGUGAAGAAGACCAUCGUGGGGCGGAUACUGCCCCUGAUAGUACCGCAGACACGCUUCUCCCAUUUCAAUCACUCCUUCAGAGAAUUUGA